GAUAUUAUCUACCAAAUGAUGAUGGAGAAUUUUACCAGUUCUGUUACGUGACUCAUAAAGGAGAAAUCCGUGGAGCAAGCACACCUUUCCAGUUUCGUACCUCUUCCCCUGUUGAAGAAUUGCUCACUAUGGAAGAUGAAGGAAACUCUGAUAUGUUAGUGGUGACAACAAAAGCUGGACUACUUGAGUUUAAAAUUGAAAAAAUAAUAAAAGAAAAAGAAGAGCUAUUAAAAGUAACUUCUGUUCUGGAAAAGGAAACUGCACAACUCAGAGAUCAAGUUGAAAGACUGGAAAAAGAACUUAACCAUGAAAAGCAGAGAUGUGACCAACUGCAAACAGAGCAAAAGAAUAAUAUUCAAGCAUCAGAAGCUCUUAAAACUGAAAUUGAUGAUUUGAAGAAGAAGCAUGAUGAGGCUGCUUCAAAAGUUCUCCAGCUUGAAGAAGAUAUCAUGACUGUUACUCAAAAAGCCAUUGCAAAAGAAACUGAGUUAGACAGUCUGAAGGACAAACUGAAGAAAGUGAUGCUUGAGAAGGAGCAACUCGAAUGUGUGUUAAAGACAGAAAAGGAUGAAAAAGAACUUUAUAAG